UGUCCUAGCUAGCGAGACUACCACAUGUCGUAGCAAACUUGGCUUGCUUCCAACUUUAUUCUACAACACGAAAUGGCAUGCUCCACUGCUGAGCAAAGAGAAAAGGACAUUUUGCUAGCGAGCCAAGGCAAUGAUGCAAAGCACGACGGCAAGAAACACAAAAAAAAGGGUUGCAGUUCGAUGCUGUGGCGCAAAUUUGGCCUUCCCUGUUCGCCAUUCGAGAAUCUAGAUUUCUCAUCACUGAUUAUAAUUGAGAAGGCUGUCUACGAGGAGUACAACGACUUUGACGGACGAAUUGAGUACUACGGGCUCCAGAAAGGCCGCCACGGCAGCGUAUGUCUGAGACGUGCAGAUGGAGUAAACCCUAAGCAAGCUGUCCUAGUAGAACUGCUCGUUCGCAGACCGGAAGGGAGAAAGGAAUGGUUCAUUCAGAUGCGACGUCACCACUGGGCACCGGCAGAGCAGGGCGUGGUCUCUGGAAGUCAGACCGUUUCAGAGCAUGAAUGGAACGAAGCUACAGGUUUGGACGCGGUUGCAAAGGUUGCUAAAAACUUUGGUCAAUAUAAUCCCGUCAAGAAAAAUUGUCGGCAUUUUAUAAAAGAGCUGAAGACGACCAUGAUCGACGAGGGACCGUGUCUUGAUGCCCCGCCUACAAAGAACUAUUGGCGACUUGGCGAAUAUUUGCAAGAAAAGUAUGGCGUGACACUUAUGCUGGCACCGUCAGAUACGCUUCUUAAUCCGAAUCAAGAAGACCUUGAUGCCGAGGCACCGGCAUUGAGUGUUCAAGAAACUGAAGUUUGAUAUCUAUGUCACGUGAUGACUGUCAUACAACUGUAGAUUAAUUUCUAGUGGAUAGCAGGUCAUUUGCUUUUCCAAUAUCAACUAUAUGUAAUGGAACUGGCUGAUUAGGCCAUUCUUUGUCAGGACAAAUUAAUUCAAUUAAUUAACGCAAA